CAAUUUGAGUGAAAUAAGAUUGAAGGCCACCGAUAGGCAUAGAGUUCAUACUGAUAAUGUCGUAGGGAAAUUUUGGUAGUAAUUCGCUGUAUGUGCUGCUAUUUUUCAAGGAAUCACGGAACCAAACGUAAAAGUGGCCUUUAAAGAAACCGUCUGCCGAUUUUCGGGGUGAUCAGGGCGUUUGCCGGGAAACUGUGAUGUGUUUUUUGUGGAUUUAAGAAAAUGGCUGUGUCGUCUUACGACCAGUUACUACAGCAAGUUGAAUCACUAAAAUCAGAGAAUUCUCAUCUACGCCAGGAGUUGCAGGACAACUCCAGCCAUCUUACCAAACUAGAGUCCGAAGCGUCAAACAUGAAAGAUGUCCUAACACAGAUACAAACAAGUAUGCAAGAUGAAGAAACCAAUGCUGAUGUUAUGUUAACCUCUGCCAACGUGCCUGAUUCUUUAGACCAAAAUUUAAAUGCUAACAUGUCUGCCAGUAAUGUGAAGUUACGCUCUAAAACACCUCGUAGUCCAUAUUCCAGUCGGUCUUCCUGUAGUGGUAGUAGUCGAUACAGUGGCUCAUCGGGAAGAAGUACACCACGAAGUAAACUAUCACUUGAAAUCGUUGCUCGGUUACACGAAUUAGAUAACGAAAGGUUACUAAUUCUACACGAUGUUGAAGGAGAGGAAAAAGAAAAAGAAUGGUAUUUUUCACAACUAAAAGCCCUGAGUCAGAAGAUUGAUACUAUGCCAUUAACAGAAACUUAUUCGUUACAGAACGAUAUGACGAGGAGACAGCUUGAGUAUGAAGCUAAGCAACUUAGGGAUGCCAUGCACCAACGGUUGGGCACGGUAGGCGAUAUGCAAGGAAAGUACGAAGCACGGAUCCAAAGGGUACGACUUUUAGAACGAGAAAUGUUGCGACUUCAACAAAGAUAUGAUGAAUUAGAACGAGAGGAGAGAGAAGAAAAUGUAAGAAGGGAUUCUGGUAGUUGUGAUUUAUAUAUGGGUAACGGUAAUGGUAACGAUUCAACCGAUGGCGGAGUACCUACCCAAACUGACCAGGGAAGUCAGGCUGCUGCUACUGGUAUAGAAGCAAGCAGACAGGGUGUCAUUAUCCGGGGACGGGAUAGUGGAUUUUUAAGCGAUACUGACGGUAAAGAACGCAAGAGCCAUGACACCAUAGUAACCACUGUAAACGGUACUCGAAUGGUUACCAUAGCUACCCAGACUUCUGAGAUCUAUGCAAACAGCAGCAAUCCCUAUGCACAUCUGUCUGCCGAUAACGGUUCAAUGCCCACUGCCGCUAACAUUAACGUACCACAGUCAAUUUAUCACGGGGCAUGGCCCAUGGACCGUGACAGCGCCCCUAUAAGGAUGAUUAAGGAGAGUGUAGAACACCAAGAGACUGCCAGUAUGGUCAGUUUUUCAAGCUCUGGUUGCUCAGGGCAACGGAAACUAAGUAAUGCUCAGCUUGGAACUAAGGUGGAGAUGGUAUAUUCUCUUCUGUCGAUGCUUGGCACACAUGAUAAAGAUGAUAUGUCACGAACAUUACUCGCAAUGUCAAGUUCUUUGGAUAGUUGUAUUGCCAUGAGGCAGUCAGGAUGCCUUCCAUUAUUAAUCCAGCUUCUACAUGGUCCAGACAAGGACUCUUUACUCGGCGACACACGUGGCAGUAAAGAGGCAAGAGUACGUGCGGCUGCUGCUUUGCAUAAUAUUGUCCAUUCCCAUCCUGAUGAAAAAAGGCGGCGUCUUGAAGCCAGGGUACUGCGGUUGCUGGAGCAGAUACGUGCAUACUGUGACUCUUUAGGAGAAAAUGCUGAUGAGGAAGAUAGUAAACAAGAAUCAACAGGCAACAGACCAACACCUAUAGAUCAUCAUCCAGGACCUGCUGUGGCAGCACUUAUGAAACUGUCAUUUGAUGAAGAGCACAGAAGUGCCAUGUGUCAGUUAGGUGGCCUUCAUGCUAUUGCUGAGCUGUUGCAGCUGGACUACAAUAUCAAUCCGAAUACCCAUGAUCAGUAUAGUGUUACAUUACGUCGUUAUGCUGGAAUGGCACUGACAAACUUGACAUUUGGGGAUGGUGCCAACAAGGCUCUUCUGUGUUCCCUUAAAGGAUGCAUGCAUGCUUUAGUCGCUCAGCUGAAAUCUGAGAGUGAGGACUUGCGUCAGGUUGUAGCGAGUGUUGUGAGAAAUCUCUCAUGGCGAGCGGAUCUACAGAGUAAGAAAGUCUUGCGUGAAGUUUCAUCUGUGACUGCGUUAAUGGAGUCAGCGCUACAGGUGAAAAAGGAGUCUACGUUGAAAUCAAUUUUAAGUGCAUUAUGGAACCUUUCUGCACACUGUACAGAAAACAAAGCUGACAUCUGUGCAGUGGAAGGUGCUCUUGCUUUUCUUGUUGAAACUUUGCAAUAUAAAAGUGCUUCAAGAACUUUGACUGUAAUAGAAAAUGCUGGUGGAAUUCUGCGAAAUGUUUCCAGUCACAUCGCCACUCGAGAGGAAUAUCGUCAAACUUUACGUGAUCACAACUGCCUUCAGAUUUUACUCAGCCAUUUGGCGUCACCCAGUUUAACAAUAGUUAGCAAUGCUUGUGGAACCCUUUGGAAUUUGUCUGCACGGAACCAAAAAGACCAAGAAUUACUUUGGGAUUUGAAUGCUGUUAGCAUGCUGCGCAAUUUGGUGAAUUCGAAACACAAAAUGAUUGCCAUGGGUAGCUCAGCAGCUUUGAGGAAUUUGCUCGCUGCUCGACCGGAAUUUGUAAAAAGUAAGGAUUUCCCAACAAAAGAUGGAAUGCCAUCAUUGCAUGUCAGAAAACAGCGUGCACUGGAGGCAGAUAUUGAGAAGAAUCUUGCUGACAAUAACCCUGAGCUUGAAAGUCCAAAGACGCAUCCAAGAGACAAUAAAAGUGAAACAGAUGUAAAGGAUUCUACAAGAAUACUGCCAAGAAGAUUAUCUUUAAGACCCAAAAUGUUUAGUCCUGGGACAGAACUAUCACGCACGCAAGACAACAGACACCGCUCACGAUCACCACGUGGACACUCACCGAAUAGAGUACGACCUCAUAUCAUGGAUAACAGAUUAGCAAGUGAAAGAUCACGGUCGUCAAGCAUCGAGAAUCAGGAAUUGGAUAAUGAUAACAGAAAUAUUCUUGAUAACAAAAAAGAACCAGAGGAUAACAAAAAGGUGGACUCACUUGAAAAAAGAGGCGGUAGACAGAAAGCAAACAAGGCUAGCACAAGAAGCAGGAUAGCCAAGGUCAUGCAGGAAGUUGCAAUGCAUGCUGGGAUAACAGAAACAAAUAAGAAGAAGGAACUGGAAGAAAAGAAGUCUGUCCACAAAAAAAGCAAACCAACCAAUGUAAAAUCGGUGCAGCCAGCUCACAAGAAACCACAUUGUACCCGUUCAAACUCCUUUACAUUUACAAACUCUGAUGCGUCAAAUCUGACUAGUCGGUCAAAUUCCUUCAGUUUCGGCAUUGACCAAGGCAACCAGAUGUAUAGUAGUAACAAACGGACUUCCAAUGAAAGUAUAAACAGUGUCACUAGUGAUAUUUAUCCAGUUGGAGCCCAUACGCGAUUGCCAUAUCGACGUCCUCCAAUUGAUCAUUCUUUUUCUGUUGAUGAUACUUUGAAUGCUCUAUCUAAUCAACCAGACAAGCGUUAUGACUACCAUCAUGCAAUUCAGAAAGUAGAGGAUGAUUUAGAAGGUGAUAUGGACACUACAAUUAACUUUAGUCUCAAAUAUUCAGAUGAGAGCAUCACACCAGGCAGACAAAGCCCAACAGUGGAGGUAUAUCAGCAUGAUCAAAUCCAGAAACCAAGUCGUGAAAACUACCUCAAUGUAUCUGAUCAUUAUGAUAGGAUGUUGAGAAGCGAUGGACCUAACAAAUACAGGCUGACAUACGAUGAAGCUGAAAACCCUGAAGAGCCAGAAUUCAAUCAAUAUCCUGAAGAGCAGCCAAUACAAGGGAAACCAACUACUGAUUUCACUGUUCAGUGUCAAGACUGUAAUAUGCCGCACAGGCACCGUGAGAGCAUGGCAAGUGGUCACCUGUAUUCUGAAUGUGCUUUAUAUAAUAAUCAGCAGUACCGACCUCCUGCACCAGUUAAUGAGUCUUAUAAACCAGAUUUUGAGUCUGAUAGGCCUACGAAUUAUAUACAGUAUUCGGAUAGCAGUGCAUCAUAUGAAGAUCCACAUGAUGACUUUGCCUGUGGUGAUCAACCCACAGAUUUCACUCAGAAAUAUGCGACUGACCUUCCAGAUUCCUUUGAAACUGAGCAUAUGCCCCCAGAUGAUAGUGCAAUGCAGCCAAUCAAUCCUGUUGAAGAUGCUGAGUCAAAUGGAUGUACUGUUAGUGCCAAGAAACAUAAUGAAAAGCUGACUAAUUAUUGCUUGGAAGACACUCCAGUGUGUUUCUCAAACUGUUCUUCUCUGAGCUCUCUUCAUAGUAAUGAUAUUGAUGAAAGUGGGGAGCAGAUAGAACAUCCAUCAGUUAUUGAUAACACUGCUUCUGUCAGGGUAGAAGAUUCAAUGCCAAGCAACAAGAAGGUGCAAUCUGAGAUGAUAGAAGAUGACGAAGAUCAGAAUGCUUCAACUGAAGAGGUCUCUGGAUCUGGUACAUAUACUCCAGAUACCACAGAUCUUCAUCAUGAAGACAAGGAACUGAAAGAAGAUAACUUUAUUGAAGAGACACCACUUGUUUUCAGUCGCUGCAGCUCUUUGAGUUCUUUGAGCAGCUUUGAAUUGCAUUCUCUACAUGAUGACCGAAGUUCUGUCUAUAGUAGUCAUCGUGCUAGUGAAGUUGUCAGCCCGAGUGAUCUUCCAGAUUCUCCAAGUGAGCCAAUGAUACCAAGUCCCAAGAGAAUAAUUUCCAAACCUAAACAGACUGCUCAACAACACAAUAUAUUGUCAAAACUACCCACUGCGCUUCCUAAACCAGCUGAUGAUGCAUCUGUUGAAUUUUGCACUGAAGGCACUCCAUUAGCAUUCUCUGGUGCUACAAGCCUCAGUUCUCUGAGCAUAGAAGGUGAAGAGAGAAUAGUAAUGGACCCUGAGCUGAAAACUAACCAUAAUGAUAGUACUACAGCAACUAUUGGAACUGAUGCUAACACUUCUAGACAGGACAUUGCUGAUGUGGAUCUUUCAGGGGAAACUACCGAGGCUGAACAAAGCAUUCUUGAAGACUGUAUAUUUUCUGCCAUGCCUCCUAAAAAGCAAACAAGCCCCAAAAGUAAAGUGAGAUCAAAGCUCCAAAAGUCUGCAUCGUCUCCACAUACUACAAAGCAUGUGAGCUUCAGUCAACAUGUGUUCAGCCAGGAUGCUCCACAGACCUUCUGCACGGAAGACACACCAUUAAAUUUCUCAACUGCUACAUCUCUGAGUGACUUGAGCAUUGAAGAUAUUGAGAUCAAACAGGGAGAUGAUGGGAAAAUGACAAUUGGAAAUCCCACAGAAUUGCAAUCUGUGGAAACUAGAACUGUUGAACCAGAAACACCGAAACCAGCUGCACCUGAGGUACCAGAAGAUCCAAGAUCAGAGACAAGUUCUGUUUUGAAUGAGAGUGACAGCAACAUGCUGGCUGAGUGCAUCAAUUCUGCCAUGCCAAAACCAAGGAUAAAUAAAGCGAAGUCAUCAUACCUCAAUAAGCGUAAAGCACCAAAAAUCAGCCCAAAGCCGUUAGUGAGAACAAGUCAUCCACCCCCAUCAUCUUCUAGAGCUAACUCAGCUAAAGGUUCUACAAUGAGAACACCUUCCACUGUGCCUUCAUUAUUGCCUGUAGCACAGAGUACAUGUAUACCACCUAUUGUCAAGAGCUGGAACACAUACACACCUCCAGACACUAUGACAACCUAUUGCACUGAAGGCACACCACUCAACUUUUCAACUGCUACAUCUAUGAGUGAUCUUUCAGUUGAUUCUCCUCAGAAUGAGGAUGUUGUUAAUGGCAACACUGCUCCAAAGCCAGACCAGCCAGUAAGUAGAGAGAAUUUGGACUCUGUACCCAAAAUGCAAAUGAAUAGGACAAUGCAUGUCAUGGCAAGUUCUGGAUCAUCUCCAUAUGAUUCCCCACAGGCAUUUGCAGUAGAAGGGACACCCAUGUCAUUUUCAAGAAAUGAUUCUCUGAGUUCUUUGAGUUGUGAUGAAGAUCUUGAUUUGGGAGAGCACACAACAACUCUGAAGGGUCUUACAUCUGUGAUGCAGACUGAUGUUGUUGCCAAUCCCGAACAGUCAAAGAAAAUGCUUCCAAAACCAGUGAUGAGAAAAACCGAAACUGGUGUUAAAAGAAUGAACCAAAGCAAAGUAGGAAAUACUUCUAAUAAUGUAACUUAUAAUCCGAGACGAGCGUCAGAUGAGGUUCCUGCAAAUUUUACUGUUGAAGACACGCCACUUUGUUUUUCAAGAAACUCAAGUCUCAGCUCUCUUAGUGACAUCGACAAUAAUGAUGGUUUGACAGAAAACCAAUCUGAACAAUCUGCUGAUGUGGCACUCCCAAGCACAAAUGUUAAAUCCAAAGAUAUGCCAAGAAACUUUGCUGUGGAAGAUACGCCUGUCUGCUUCUCAAGAAAUAGUUCUUUGAGCUCAUUGAGUUUAGAAUCUCUCAAUCUAGACCCUACUCCAAGUGAACAAGCAUUGUUGAAUGACUGCAUCAAUGCAGCUAUGCCUGCACCCAAACCUAAAAAUUCAAGACAAAACAAAGGAAGUAAGCUGCCAGCUUGUCAACCUAUGAUAAUAAAACCGAAUGGCAAUACUAAUGGUCACACACACAGACAAAUUCCUAAACCAGGUGAAUUCCGUAAGGAACAACAUGAAUUUGAAAGUGAAAGACUGGCGAAACCUCAAGGAGAUUUUGAACUGGAAAAUAACCCUGCAGAUAUUGUGAAUCAAAGCCAGGAUCAACAACCUCCUAUUAAACGACGUCCAUUAAUCUGCAAGCCUGGGGAUUCUGUCAGCAAAAUAAGAUUGCAAGAACUUGAAGAAAAAGAAUCUGAACCAAGAACUUUGAAAGGUGGUAAAAAGGUCUAUAAAAGUCCAUAUGCUCAAAAUGGCAGAGCAAGUUCAGUUCCAAGAAGUACACCUAGUACAGUUACCUCAGGUAUUCCUCAAAGACAAGGUACUCCUGCCGGGAGGGGGCGUGGAGUAUCGCCACAUACAAAAAACGCUGCUAGCAAGGCUAAUGGGCGAGGAAGAGCAACAAGUGCUCCUGCUACAAGAUGCUCAACACCAACUCCAGGUUCAAGAAAUUCUACGCCUCCACCUGGAACAAGAAGUGCCGGUGCAACCCCUCGAGGAACUCCACCAAGAACAGCAUCACCAUCAUUGCGAAGUGGUGCACAGAUUGCUAGGCCAGCUACAACAACUCAACGCACAGCUACUGCCAGUAGUAGAACUGUUUCCACCUCUGCCAUUAUUAAUCGUUCUGGGCCAAAUAGAACACCUGUGGCUUCUGGUCCCAAAGCUGCAGUUGCUAAAAGUGCAAUUCCAAGGACGGGCUCACCUGUCAAAAAUAUUCCACUUGCAGGAGCAGCUACAAAACCUCCACUAGCAUCUACAGCUACAAGAAAUACAAAUUCUGCCUAUAAGCGUAACACUACUUCUGUUAACAAAACUACUCCAGCAAGCGGCAUCGCAAAACCAGCAGUAAAAACCACCCCAAGAAAAACUUCAACAACAUCAAACACAGCACCAACAUCCAGAACAGGGUCACCUGCUACAAGAGGAGCUGCAAAAUGUGCAUCACCUUCUACAAAUGGGAACAGAUCUGGUGUAUCAAGUGCAGCUGCCAGUAGGUCCUCUUCACCAGCUGCUCGCACCACCACCACAAGAAGCAUUAGUGGCCCAAGAGUUAGUAAUAAUAACUCUCGUCAAAAUUCCCUGUCCAGGACAUCCUCCAAGGACAGUGUUACCAGCAGUGUUGCAAGUAAAUCGCCACGAAAUUCGAUCUCGUCACCAAGUCCAAAAACAAUGUCCCCUACACCUGCACGAAGACAGCUUAUUAAACCUGUCUCUUCCACGAGUAGGUCAAUUCCUACCAGAUUGCAAAUGAACGGCAAGCAGAGCCCUGCAACAUCUAAGCAGAAGCAAACGGAAAAUUCUCAAAUUGCAAAGACUAAUUCAUCCAAACAAGGAACUAAUAAAGCAAACAAUGUUACUACAGCUGACAAAAUACCACAACUGCCAAAACUUCAGAAACAGUCUACCUUUACAAAGGAAAGUCCUUCUCAGGCAGGAACAAAGGCAGCUGCUGCAAAUGCUGCCACUGGAGUUUCAAAUGAAUCUGCUUCAAAAAACGAAGAAGCAUCAGAGGUAAAACCAACUAUGCAGAGAGUGAGCCCGUGGAGGAGAACAAGUCCUGUUGAAUCCCGACCAACAGAGCUGAAUAUUGCUCCUGGUAAGCAACCAAAUGUCUGGAAGAAAACCAGAGAGACACCAGAGCUUCCAGAAACACAGAACUUGAGUCCAAACAGUUUAAAACUAAAUAGUGGAUCAGACACUGGAAGUAGCCAGUCAAGUCCUACAAAAAGGCGUUAUGUUUCAAAAAACGAGUAUGAUAUUCCUGUGAUCAAUUAUGGAGGAAAUAUAUCAUCCCCAGCCUCUGAUGCAAGUCCUGGUGAGAUAUGGGUAAAACGUGAAAACUGUCCAAUCAAUUCACCUACAGCAUCCAGGCCAUCGUCGCUCAGGAUGGGAUCACAGGAAGGAAGUAUAGCCAGUUCUCCAAGUGGCAGCCUUCAUAGAAUCAUUUCUCCAGUUUCACAAAGAACAAGCCUAUCUGGAGGAAGCAGCCUACAAAAUGUACGGUCAAAUGAUUCUAGUGCUGAUUACCAGUCUUCGGAAACUUCUGAGAAGCAAGAAAAAAAUGAUCACCGGAAGUUUGUAGCAUUGAAGAGAAAUGACAGUCUGAAGAAUAAGCGAAUAAGUACACAAAGCAUAAACAGUGAAAAUGAGAAAACCCAAUCUGAGGGGUCUUCACCCUCACCAACAAACAAACAUUCCCCAAGAGGAUCUCCAAAAAAGAACAAGAAGAAGUCAAAAAACGACUACGGUUCAGGUUCCUGUGGGGCGGCCCCAAAUGAUGAUCAUGAACAGCAAGAUGUCAAAGCCUAUGAUGUCAUUAGCGAUAACUUUGAAGAUGAAGGCAUCAUGGGAAUUGACAUGGAGCUUGAACCAGAGCUCAUCUCUGAUAGUGAUUUGCUGGAAGAUGAAGAAGAACCAGAAGAGGUUCUAGAUGAUCAACAUCUUUUUGAAGAAGAGGAGGAGGAGGAAGAUUACGAUGAAUCAAUAUUUCAAGAUGAUGAACAGUAUGAUAUGACAGAACCUGAACCAUCAAAAAACGACGCAGCUCCCCAAGAGCAUCCGCCCCAGGAAAAGCGUCAAGUACAACAUGAAAAUAGGCUGAACUCUUUUAUACUUAUCAAUGAUAGUGACAAUAGCAAUGAACAACAAGUGACUUCACCAACUGAGCAACCUGAACCAACAGCAACCCAAUGGAGAAGGAAAAGCAGUAGCAGAGAAAACAGUACAGAAUCUGAACCAGCAUCACCCAAACCACAGAAAAUGCCUGCCACCAGAAAACCACCAUUGAGCAAUGGCAAACCAGCCUCACAAACUGUAAAGCCUGUAAUGGUUUCUCCUUUCAACUACACUGGACCACUGCCAUCUAAAUCACAACAACAGUCCUCAAGUCAACAACCCAGUCAGCCAAUGAGCCCAGAAGGAACCCCAACCAGACGAACCAUGAUUCCACGACCAGUUAGUGUCAGGGGAGGAGGAUGGAGACCAAAUAAGAAAGGAGAAAAUGAGGAUGAUGAUGAUAGUUCUCAAAAUGGAAACUCAAGAAGUUUCAUGGUCACAUCUGUAUGACUAGUGUAGUCACUUCCCACAUAGUUUGAAUAGCUGGAUUAAGUUAGCUCUUGUUAAGUUUAUGAGGUUUCCAUUGGUGCUCGAUUUCAAAAAUUCCAAGGCUGCUGGUUCGGCCUUAGUCCCUAAGCCAGUCUGUGUGGGCAUCAUCAAGAGUUACGAUCUUCGUGUCUUCAAUCAUAAUGUUCAAUUCAUUAUGUAGAAAACAUUUCACACAGGACAUUUUGUAUCAGUUAAAUAAUGAAAAAUGACAUUUUAUAGAACAUUACUCAUACUGAUGAUGAUGUAGUGGAUUGGGGCCAAGUUAAUGAAAUCAAUAGUUUUUUAUGUAACCUCAUUGACAAUGUUUCCAUUAUAUAUAACCUGACACUCGUCAACCAAUUCUGAUAAAUUGAUUUUUCUAGUAUCAUUUGGAGAGGGUUUGUCAAUUCAUGCCCCUGCUAUGUGUAUAUAAUAAGUGUUAUUCAGGUUGGUG